AUGAAUACUUCUUCCUUUAUAAAAGAAGAAGAAAAAAAAAAUAAUAAUCCAGAAAUUAAAAAUGCUGUUGAGCGCUUAAUAAAGCUAGAUAAAAAGCAUGCAAAUUUCGAAUUUUAUGACCCUAUAAUAAAUUUGAAAGUAAAAGUAAGAAAUAUUAAUUCAGCAUCAUCUAAUGCAAUUCUUAAUUAAAAUUAAUAAGAAAAAACUUUAAGGUGCUUUUGGCGCCAUAUCAGUAAUUAUUAUUUCCGUAAAAUUGAUCAAAGUGAGCAAGAAAGGAUUGAAUAUCUUUAAUAACUAACAAACGAAUAUACAUAAGUUAAACUUAAAAAUUAAAAAGCCUAAAUAAAAAGCAUAAAUUAAGUUUUUAGAACAUUAAUAAAUACACAAGCCUUUAAAUAAAAUAAAUUAAAUUUAUAAAAUCUUCAAAUAGCAUGUAAUAUAGAAUAUCUAUUAUAUGAGAAUUAAAAUAAAGCAAAUAAAAAAAAACUACAAAUCUUAUAAUCUCAAAAGAACUAUACUAUAUCUAAAACUUUAAAUUAUAAAAUACUCGAAAACGAAUAAAAAAAAUUAAUUGAAAUCUAAAAUGAUCUCCAAGAAUUAGAAGAACAAAAAUAACAACAAGAAACUGGGGAUUAAUUAACUUUAGAAAUGCGAUAUUUAAUGAAAGAAUUAUAAAAUAUAAACGAAUAGAAUAAAGAUAAAAUUUUACAAUUAGAUAAAAAAGUUAAAUAAGAAAUAAAAGAAAAUAAACUAAUUUAUUUCGAAUGUGAUGAUAAUAAAGAAAUACCUAAUAAUAUAAACUACAAUCCUAAUUUCCAAAAAGAGCUAGGUUUAACAGAUCCUAGAGCAAUAUAUAACGAAAAAUAUAUAAAUGAAUUACAUUUAAAAUAUUUAUAAUAAACUAUAAUUAAAUUAGAUGAAAAAUAAGUGGCUGAUUCUAUUUCAAAAAUAACAAAUUGUAAAAAAGAAAGAAAAAUGAUUUUUUUUUGAAAUUACAUUUGAAUCUGCUUUAAAUUCUUAACCUAUAUAUGUAGAAAAAAAUGUUCUUUAAAAAUUAGAUAAUUAUAGAGAAACUACAUUAUUAAAAUAAUAUAAUUUACCUACUAAAACAUUAUUUUCUUCAAUAUCACAUAAUUAUAUUGGUAUAUAAUAAAUUGUUGCUUAAAGAAAUAAACCAAAUCCUAGAAAAAAUAUAAAUUCUUUUGAUUUAAUGUAAACAAAUUAUCAUAACCAUUUGGAUGAAAAUCAUAUAAAUUCAUUAAAUUAUACUAAGAACUUUGAUAUUUGUCAUAACUGUAGAUCAUUAUAUGAAGCUAGAUAUUUAAUUAAAUGUCACUACAGAAGUUUUUUUAUGGGAAUGAAUACAUUUAAUUCAUAAUAAAAUGAUUCUUUAUUUAUAAAUUAAUAAUGACACUUAAUCAAAAAAUGAUUGGAUAUGUCCUUUUUGUUAAGUAUUUUUUUAUUUUUCUUUCAUUUUAAUUAUUUAUAUAAUUAUUUAUAGGGAUAUUGUCAUUGUAUAAGAUGUCAAAGAAAUGAACUUUUGACAAAAUUAAAAGGCAUUUUUGUAUAAUAUGGAGGUGAUAUUUAAGUUUUGGAGAAUGAAUCUGUCUUUAAUAAAUAUAUUAAAGCUAUUUAAGAAGAAGAUAAUAAAAAGAAAGAUAAAAUAGAAAAUUAAUAAAAUAUAUCAUUAAGUAGUUAAAUUGUUCAUAAAAUAUAAAAAGAAAAUAACUUAAAAGUAAGCAAAACAAUAAAAAACUUAGAAGAUAAUUUAAACUAAUUAACUGAUUUUAGAUUCGAUAUGGAAAGAAUUAGACUUAUUAUUUCUUAAGUUUUAAAAAGGGAAAAGAAAAAAUAUUUAAUUCUAAAUGAAUAAUAUUAAAAAUUUAUGGAAAAUUUUUAACAUGAAUGUGAAAAUAACCAUAUAAAUGGUUUUGAAAAAAAAUAAAUCAAAUUAAGAUAGAAAAUGGAUAAAAAAAUUAAAAAAAGAACUAUAAAUACUGAAUUAAAAAGUUU